AUGGCCCAAAUUCUUUUACUCCCAAUUUACCAAGACUAUCUCGGUCCGCAUAUAACCACCAUUCCCGUCGAGAUUUUUAUAGAAAUAUGCAGUCACCUUCAUCCUUCGGAUCUAUUCUCUCUCAUAGGAGCUUGCAAACAAUUCAGGCAUUGGUUGAACUCUAUUACAUCCCCGGACACUCAAGGCAUUUGGCGAACCUCUAGAUUAAAAUUCCUACCAUAUUUACAAUUAAAACCAUUCGCCGAUAUGAAUGAGCAAUCUUACAUCAGAUUAGGUUUACUCGAGAAGGGAUGCCAAUUUUGCAGGAGACGAGAUGAUUUGGAUUCCUUCUUCCCAAGCCAUCGUGAACUUCCGAGCGAUUCGAUACCACUGUCUUAUAUCCCAAAUUGCUUGCCUUACAUUCAAGAAGGACCAGAGUGUGGUUCCUUGAGGAUGUAUUGGCGUCGUGAUGUCAGGGCAAUUUGCAAAGAAUUAAAACCCCUUACUCGGGAAGAGAGAACAGAAUGGCUUUCAAAAAAAAUAUCAAAAACACGCAAAAUAAUGGAGGACUCGCAGAAACGGCAGUAUGAAGAGGAUAAUUGGCUGAUGUCUCGUAGAAGGGAGGACAAAAAGGAAUUCGAAAGAAUUAUCAAUGAAUUAUCGGAGAAGCGGCGUGAUGACGGAGAACCCAAAUAUAUUUCCCAAUCGAUUUGGAAUUUAAAAUCGUGUGCCAAGGCUCUCGAACUUUCCCGGGAGCCUUGUGUAAGAAAAGAUUGGGAAGAAUUGAUGCACGCCAUGAUGAUGGAAUAUGAAGAAUCGAUGAAACACCAACGUCGACAACAGAUAUGCGCAUUCAUUUUAUCUUUGUUAGUUACGGAUGAACCGACCCUUGACGAUACGGUUAACGCAACCGGAGUCACCGAAUCAGAAAUAUUGGAUCAUCGAAUCUUGAUAUCCGAGUCGCUUUUAGAAUGCCUAAGAUGGUGCCCAUCAUAUCAAGACCCUCCUUUCAUUGAUAAUGAUCCGAGAAAUCCGUGGAGCAAUCAAUACUUACUUCACGAAUUAAUUCCACGACUUCGCAAAGAGGCUAAUGAAUUGCACAAGUUGCCAGGUCCGAUGAGACCCGGGGAGAAUACGAUUUACAACUAUCAAGGAGUUCGCUGUCAUUUGUAUAUGAAUCACGGAGUCUCCAAGGUGAUGGAAGAAGAAAUGGUCUUUGUUGAUAGGAACAAGGUCGUGGAAUGUUUGUCGUUGAUAUUUCCUUUCGAUGUGGACGUUAAACUUACUUUGGAGAAAUAUCACGCCAGUGUUUCUUCGACUAUCGUUAAGUAA